AUGUAUACCCAGUGGGCUGAUCUGAAAUGCUCCGGCGAUCCUAUCUGGGGGCAUAUACAUCUGUCUUCCUUCGACGACCGUGACCCUUGGUUCCCUGUGAUUAAGAGGAUUCAAGACUGUGCAAAGAUCCUGGGUAUCACGCUUGUUGAAAAGGAAGUAGAUGAUAUAGAUACGUCAAACUUUCAGCUCCGCGAGCAGAGUCUUCCGGCUGACUUUUUGUCUACUACACCUGAUGCCGAUGAGAGCCUUAUUACACCAUCAAAUGCAAGAGUUGUGGACAUUACCUCCAUACGGUCCCCUGUGGAAAUUGGUAGGCACAAUUAUCAAGAUCUAAGUCUUUGUACGGGUGGCGGCAAGAGAUGUUUUUGGUGCUAUAAAGAAGAUGUUGAGAAGCAGGAAACCGCAAUUUGGAUACCUCCAAUUCUGUACAGGUGGUCGAAUAUUGAAUCCCAAGGAAUCAAUUCCACAAAGCUGUUUCUCGCUGGGUUAUUCAUCGAUGAGCUGGAUUAUUUUGCGCCCAACGACAUCAACACAAAGGAGUUCGAGCAACACGUCGUAAACCACACUAGACCAGCUAAGGUCCCAACUCCCUUCAUCUCAACCUUCAGGUCUAUGCUUGCACCGGUCCAUAGGGCGAUCAAACACAAAGAAGGGGCAAUAAUAACUAUGAUUGACUCGAAGAAGCUGCAGACUCAAGUAUACUCUGCUCAGAAGCUUGUCCGAAAGGUUGGUUUGAAGGUGGGAAAAUACAACGGAGGGGGUGAGUUUUUUAUCUGGGGAAAGGUCCAUAGAUCUGCUAUAAUAUCCUCAUUUAAAGUCAGCUCGCUUCUUCAGAUAGCAAGUGAGCAUCCCCAUAUUGAGAGCAUUCUGCAGCUGGACACCAUUGGAACCUAUGAGAAAGCUGGAAGAUCAUUACACCAAGUCCUAGCCAAGGGCCCAGGACAGCUUGACCACCAAUCUGGCUUGAUUAUAGGAGAGCUCUUGGCCCGCCUCCAAGUACCUCAGCAAUAUUGCCAUUCAGUUGGACAAGGAAUAGCGUACUCAUGGCGUUUGAAUACGCAGAAAGGAUCUUGGCAAGAGUUUAUCGGAGGAGUCUACAGUGGUUAUUCAUCGCUGUCCGAGAUCAAUAACCCAGGAACACCUCUGCCUGCCAUCUUGGACCCAGAUGAGUUAGAUCUGCUCGAGCCAUCUUCAGAUGAAGACACUGUAACUGAGGGGGAAUCAUCUUCAGAUAAUGAUGAUCAGGAGAGUGAGGAUGAUCCAAGAGCUGACACGCCUUGUCCGGUAGGACUGCCUACGAGGACUGCGUUACCACCCAUCGAGCUCUUUGACGGUGAUAGCAGAAGGUGGAUAACGCAAGAAAAUCACGCAAGGGAAGAGAUUAUAAUUGACAACUCCGGCACCGAAGAUGAGGUUCUUGACGAUGUUUACACAACGGUUGCCUUCUCAAACACCUUGAUUAACACAAAUGUAGCCAAUGACAUCACUGAGAGCGUCACUUCAGCGAAUUCUGAGCCGGAGCUCAUCGACUCUCGUCAUCAACCAGCACCAGGGGACCAAUUUGCGAGCGACAGAGCGCGAGUUAACCUAAUUUUGAAUUGA